GUUUGUAGAUAAUUUUCUGAUAUUGUCUUGUGUAUCUUUUUACAACAGAAACAUAUUACAAAAUUUUGGAAUUUAACAAGUGAGCAUGGGACCUAAAAAGCUGACCAUUCUGCACUUUAAUGAUGUGUACAAUGUGGAGCCCCAGAAGAUGGAGCCUGCCGGAGGGGCUGCAAGGAUGGCCCACUAUGUCCACUCCCUGAAGGAGGAGAACCCACUUGUCCUCUUCAGCGGGGAUGCAUUAAAUCCUUCACUGAUGAGCAUAUUUCUGAAGGGAGAACAGAUGCAGCCAGUGUUAAACAGCAUUCCGGUCCAUUGUGCAGUGUACGGGAACCAUGACUUUGAUUUUGGUGUGGACCAUCUUGAAGAUUUUGUGGAGCAGUCAACAUUCCCCUGGUUGCUUAGCAACAUCACAGACAAGCUGAGUGAUGCCCCGUUGGCCCAUGGGAAAGUCAAGCACCUUAUGGAUUGGGGCGGGACCAAGAUCGGGUUAAUGGGUUUGGUUGAGGAGGAAUGGAUAGACACUUUAUCAACCAUUGACCCGGCAGAUAUCAUCUUUGAAGACUUUGUGAAGGUUGGAAACCAGCUUGCUAAGGAACUCAGGGAAGAGGGAGCGGAACUGGUGAUUGCUUUAACCCACAUGCGGUGGCCCAAUGACAGGAAAGUAGCGGAGGAUAUUCCAGGGGUGGACAUUGUCCUUGGAGGGCACGACCAUGACUAUGGGCUUGAAACUGUGAAUGGCAAGUAUGUGUUGAAAAGUGGGACAGAUUUCCGUAACAUGAGCAAGAUUGCGGUAGAGAUUAAAGACAACGAUAUCUCCUUCAACAUAGAGAGAGUUGACUUUGACUCUUCCUUCCCAGAAGAUGAGAAGAUGAAAAUGGAAAUUCAAAGAAUGUCAGCUGAUAUAGACAAGCGGAUGGACGAACACCUUGGCAGUAUGGGUGUCAGUAUGGACGGCCGAUUUGCCUCCAUUAGGACCUCGGAAACAAACCUUGGUAAUUUUGUGACUGACAUUAUCCUGGAGGCGGUACCUGCCGACAUAUGUAUGAUGAACUCCGGAACAUUCCGGUCAGACCGCAUACACAGCAAAGGGGAGUUCAAGCUACGCGACCUUCUCACUAUCCUGCCCAUGGUGGACCCCCUCGUGGUUAUAGAAAUCACUGGUGCUGAUGUGAUAGCAGCCCUUGAGAACGGUGUGUCCUCAAUACCCAAGCUGGAGGGCCGGUUCCCCCAAUUAUCCGGUCUCACAUUUGUGUUUGACCCCAGCAAACCUCCAGGACAGAGAGUGGAACCGGAACUGGUCAAGGUGCAGGAUGAAUAUGUGCAGCUUGAUCAGAAAUAUCGCCUGUGUACGAAAGAAUACAUUGCUACUGGAAAAGAUGGUUAUGACAUGUUUAAGGAUUGUCCUAUUGUGGUGUCCUCUGAACAGUGCCCGACUAUCAGCACGGCAGUGAGGAACCACUUUGAUUCUGUCCAGAUCCUCCUGAAUGAGAAACAAUGCCGCUCAGGACAUCGUCAGAGUCUCUGUAGCAUUGUCGGGCGCACGCUUCUAAUGCGAAAGACUUUGGAGAAGUUCAUGUCGAAUGCGAAAGUGAAAUCUCGCUCAUCUUCCAUUUCAUCUCCCCCACUAACCAACGACAAUGACUCCAAAGACGUUAACCAAAAUGCACAUAAAGACCAACCAGACGCACCUAUAAGAACUAACAAACACAAACCAAUCAGCAGUGAACCUGAGAUAUCUGGUGAACCAUUCAAGACACCCAGUGAACCUCCAGAAGGCAGCCCUAAGAAAAAGCCCCGUACUGAUAAUUUGGUAAGUGAUAAAAAGGCGAUCAGUAAAGCAGAAGUAGCGGUGUUGGAGAACGCUGCUAUUGCUUGGUCGAAGGAAAGUCAGGACAAAUAUUGUUCCAGGAGAGACAGCCUUAUAGGUGACGCAGCGCACCUGGAGCACCUGGCCAAGAUCACCCAGGUGUUCACGAAGCCCCUGAAGAAUGUGCCAAAGAAGUUGACAAGUCAGACGUCACAUGCCUACGUGCGACAGAUGAGCAUCGAAGAUGUGGAGGAGAAACAGGUGCACCUCUGUCCAAAAGUGGAGGGCCGCAUUGUUCGCGCUGACCAGCAGAAAAUAAGGAGCAUGCUAGCGGAGAAGCAAGCUGGACUUGGCCAGCAUGUGAUGGAUCAGGUGAUUCAAGAGGCUUCCUCGAGCCGGGAGAGCUCAGUUGACUCCUCCGCAAGUUCCUAGGUCAUUCCUCACAUCUGCAUGCUAUAUUUCCGAGAUAGUUUUCUAUCUUGAAAAUCUUUUGAUAAUAACGCGAGCAUCGUGUUUUACUGCAUGGUCCAUAUUUUCAUGGCUAUCUCAGUUGAUUUUCAACAUGCCUCUGUGUUGCUCCCUCGUUUAAGUAUGCUUUAUAACUGGCCACUUAUUACAUAUGGUAAAGGCGUUAGAUCAUACAAUGUAGAAUAAAUGUAUUGAGAAUUGUGUUGAAUUAUUUUGUAAUAACAUGUAAGUAUGUUUGUUAUUUCAAUAUUUGGGAUCCUUUAGAAAAGUCGGUGCUUUUAAUCACUUUAUCGAUACAAAAGAGGAGUUUAUGAAUCUAUGUUAUAAAUAACGGGUCCUAGAAAUGUUGUUGCUUUGUGUAAUUGACAUAUAUUUUGGUACUGUUUUUAAUCGCAUUUAAAAAUGAUUUAUAUUCUUAGUUUUGUCUGAAAUAUUAAUCCCAUAGAAAGUCUUCCAAUGGACACAAUAUAUAUAAUAUGUUCUUGGAACUUCAGAUAUAUGCCAUCCAGUAGUUCAAUCUUUACUUCAAAGAAUACUUUUUAAUUUGCAUAUCAUUCUUUUUUAUCGAAUCAAAAUAUUUCUUUAGAGUUUUGUUUAUGUAUACAAUGCUGUUUUGGAUAUACAUCUAUUUUAUACUUUUUAUAUUAACCCAGUGAAGCCUCCUUAUAGCUUGCCUGUUUUUUAUAAUGUAUGCGUGGUUCAUAUUAGAGGGCAAUAGGCGAUGUCAUUUGCUGUAAAUGUAGUUAGAAUCCAAUUUUCAAUAUUGUGUUAUUACCAAAUGUACAAUCUGUUCAAUAUUGCGGCAUUACCAAAUGUACAAUCUGUUCAAUAUUGCGGCAUUACCAAAUGUACAAUCUGUUCAAUAUUGCGGCAUUACCAAAUGCACAAUCUGUUCAAUAUUGUGGCAUUA